GUUAUAAAUUUAGCCAUGACAUCACAAACUGACGAUAAAAUGUCAUUUGAGGAUUUAUUAUCGUGGCGCCCCCCCCAACCCACCAUUAAUAUAGAUGAUCUUUGUGAAAUAGAAAGAUUCUUGUUUGGGAACUCGGUUGCUGUUAGUGAGGCUAAGAUAAACAAAGAAAUUGAAUCGUUUAUACUUGAGCAAGAGGCUGAAAGUUUCGACAGUGAUCAUUCUGCCCUUGCAUCUAAACUUGCAAUGCUUGCAGCCACUGGCCAUGUUUCAACAGGAGAAGGCACCAGUGAUGACCAAAUAUCUGUUGAUGCAGAAACACAAGCACGCCUGGAAGCACUGCUUGAAGCAGCAGGCAUUGGGAAACUCUCCACCUCCGAUGGUAAAGCAUUCGCCGACCCCGAAGUCCUUCGAAGACUUUCUUCCUCUGUUUCAUGCGCUCUGGAUGAAGCGGCCGCCGCUCUUUCUAAAAUGAAGCAAGAAACUGGAGCUAUGAACGAACAAUCAAAUAAAAGGUCCUUGGUGGAGGCGUGCAGCGAGGGCGACGUGGGCACCGUUCGUGCACUUUUGUGCGAAGGUAGGAGCGCAAAUGAAACAACUGAAGAUGGUGAGAGCCUUCUAUCCCUAGCGUGCUCGGCAGGAUAUUAUGAACUAGCAGAAGUUCUACUCUCAGUUCCCCCCUACACACACGAGUCUCAAUACCUUACAUGUGAUGCAGGAUACCAACUUGGAAACAAAAUUAAUUCUCAUUUCCUUUCCGUUCUUAACCAGCAACUUACAAAGGUUCUUCUCACUAUGCAUGCCAAUGUUGAAGAUUGUGGUGCCAAAGGUGAAUGCACUCCCCUAAUGGAAGCUUCAUCGGGUGGUUAUAGCGACAUCGUGCGGUUGUUAUUGUCGCAUGGAGCCGACGUAAACGCAACAUCUAACACUGGCAACACUGCAUUAACGUACGCAUGCUGCGGAGGUUACGAGGAUGUAGUUCGCCUCCUAGUGGACGCAGGAGCGGAACUUGAGUGCCACAACGAGAACGGGCACACCCCAUUAAUGGAGGCUGCAUCUGGUGGCCAUGUUGCGGUUGCUGAAGUCCUGCUUGCACGAGGGGCCGGGAUCAAUACUCACUCUAAUGAGUUUAAAGAAUCUGCUUUAACAUUGGCUUGUUAUAAAGGCCAUCUACAAAUGGUGAGGUUCCUUUUACAAGCUGGUGCUGAUCAAGAACACAAGACCGAUGAGAUGCACACUGCGCUGAUGGAAGCUUCCAUGGACGGCCAUGUUGAAGUUGCCCGCUUGCUCUUGGAUUCAGGAGCGCAAGUAAACAUGCCCGCUGAUAGUUUUGAAUCCCCCCUCACCCUUGCUGCUUGCGGAGGUCAUGUAGAGCUCGCUGAGCUCCUCAUCCAACGAGGAGCAGCGUUAGAAGAGGUGAAUGAUGAAGGAUAUACUCCUCUUAUGGAAGCUGCGAGGGAAGGACAUGAAGAGAUGGUGGCUUUACUGCUCGCUAAAGGUGCAAACGUGAAUGCCAAGACAGAAGAAACCCAAGAGACCGCCCUCACCCUUGCAUGUUGUGGGGGGUUCCUUGAGUGUGCUGAUUUACUUGUAAGAGCAGGUGCCAACAUUGAAACAGGAUGUUCAACACCAUUAAUGGAGGCUGCACAAGAAGGACAACUUGAUCUGGUCAAGUUUCUCAUCAGAGAAGGUGCGAAUGUGCACUCUACCACCUCAAGUGGUGACACAGCGCUCUCGUACGCAUGUGAACACGGUCACACGGAUGUUGCAGACCACCUCCUCGCUGCUGGAGCGAACUUGGAGCACGAAACAGAGGGAGGACGGACCCCGCUCAUGAAAGCUGCACGUGCAGGCCAUCUAUGCACUGUUCAGUUCCUCAUUUCACGAGGUGCCGAUGUGAAUCGUACGACACGCAACAAUGAACAUAGCGUGUUGUCAUUGGCGUGCGUGUGUGGUCACCUAUCUGUGGUUGAGCUGCUGUUGUGCCAAGGGGCUGACCCAAUGCAUAAGUUAAAAGAUGGUUCUACAAUGUUGCUUGAAGCUGCCAAAGGAGGCCAUACGCAAGUUGUUCAAUUUCUUCUGGAUUUCCCCAUCAAUAUAAUGUCUCUCCUGCCCGAUAACUCACAGGUCACCCUGCCAUCACCCACCCCGGAGCAACUUGCACCCCGAGUACCCACCCAGUCCUUACCCAUGGUUGUUCCACCUCAGGAGCCCGACGAGGCCCCUGAGUUACCCCUUGCAGUGGGGGGCGCUGGGGUGGACCCUGUUAAUGUCGAUCAAAUGCUAGAAGCCUCUGGUGAAAAUGCACCAAACCAACUCCGAACCUUAUACCAGCAACAACUUCAAUACUACCAUCAGCAAACACCAUCUCACUCCCAUACAGACAGCACCCUCAAUACAGCUGCGCUCGUCACCCAUUUACUACAACAGGGUAGUUUGUUAUACCAAGCGUCAGAUUAUUUAUCCCCGGAUACAAAGUUAGAGGUUGAUAAAGACGUGGCAAUCACCGUCGAGUCAUUCCUGAGGUCGAUGGCAAGUGAUGUAGCCGCAGGUAAAACAAGGACAGCUGAAUCCAUAGUAGAAGAGGCACAAGGUAAACUAAAUGAACUUGAACAUCGAAUUAAAGAAGCUAUUGAGAAGAAUGCACAACUUAAAAGCAUUGAGAUGUUACAGACCGACCAACUUACCAAAGAAAAAGUUGAAGAGCUUUAUAAAACACGUGAGGAACAAAUACAUAAGAAGCAAAAAAUCCUGGAAGAAUUGCAAAAAAAUCGAGAGAUGCUGACUCAUUCAAUAUUUGCCGACUCACAGGUGGAACGAGAGUUACAGCUGAAGACACAGCAACAGCUGAAGAAACAUUACCUUGAGAUGAAACAAGGGGAGGGACAACAAAGAGGAAAACCUGAUGGAGAAGACAGGGAACAAACUGCACAGAAUGCUAAAGUAAAUGAUGACCCGCAACCCCAAGUACAACGUGAACGUAAUCAAACAGCCUCUACAACUCAGACUCCCGAAUUAUCGACCAAACAAUUGAAACAACCAAAACACCAGAAUAACCAAACACUAAACAAUGGUUCAUCUGGUUCCUUAUCCCAACCUGCCAAAGAAAACGAUCCGUUCUGUCAAUGUCUCCACCCCCCUUGUUCACAAUUAUCACAUCCACAAACUGAAGUUCACCCUGAGCCUCGUCAUGACCCCAACACCCCUGGAGGCCCCGGGUUUGCCCCGAUACCGGGUAACAUCCCAGGUAACGUGACCCCAUCCAACUUCCUGGAGAUCGACGGCCACACGGAGAGCAACCACGACACCCCUCUCACCCUUGCAUGCGCGGGGGGACACGAGGAUUUGGUGCAACUACUUAUUGAACGAGGAGCCAACAUUGAGCAUAGAGAUAAAAAAGGUUUCACCCCCCUGAUUCUGGCUGCUACCGCUGGCCACGUGGGGGCAGUACAGAUCCUGCUCGAGGCAAACUCGGACAUUGAGGCUCAAUCGGAACGAACCAAAGACACCCCGCUCUCUCUAGCUUGCUCCGGUGGUAGACUGGAAGUGGUUGAAUUAUUAUUGGAACGAUCGGCAAACAAAGAACAUCGAAAUGUUUCCGAUUAUACGCCAUUGUCUCUAGCAGCAUCUGGUGGUUAUGUUAAUAUCAUCAAGGUGUUGCUGAACCGCGGUGCCGAGAUUAACUCAAGGACUGGUAGCAAGUUGGGGAUUUCCCCUCUAAUGUUAGCGGCAAUGAACGGGCAUACACAAGCCGUGCAAUUGUUGUUGGACAUGGGUGCUGAUAUUAACGCACAGAUUGAAACAAACCGCAACACGGCCCUAACACUGGCUUGCUUCCAAGGUAGACAUGAAGUUGUCAGUUUAUUGGUUGAUCGGAAAGCUAACGUUGAGCAUCGAGCUAAGACCGGUCUCACCCCACUAAUGGAGGCGGCAUCUGGUGGUUAUGCUGAGGUUGGGCGUGUCCUGCUUGAUAAGGGGGCGGAUCCGAAUGCAGCUCCUGUACCUUCAUCAAGAGAUACAGCGCUUACUAUUGCUGCCGAUAAAGGUCAUUAUAGAUUCUGUGAACUCGUAUUAUCCAGAGGAGCCCAGGUCGAGGUUCGAAACAAGAAAGGAAACACUCCAUUAUGGUUGGCGUGUAAUGGUGGUCACCUUGAUGUGGUGAACCUGCUUGUAUCUAAGGGUGCAGAUGUUAAUGCUGCCGAUAAUAGAAAUGUUAUUCCUCUCAUGGCAGCAUUCCGUAAAGGCCAUGUACAAGUUGUACGUUGGCUUGCAAAAGAAGUUUCCCAGUUUCCCUCCGAUGCCGAGUGUAUGCGUUAUAUCGCCACUAUAUCCGAUCGCGAGUUGUUGAAGCGAUCGCACCAGUGUAUGGAGUGUAUCGUGCAAGCUAAAGAUCGACAGGCACAGGAGGCAAAUAAAUUUGCGUCAGAGCUGCUGGAAGAGCUGGACAUGGAAAAAAACCAGGAAGAGAGUAGAAAGGAAAAAGCUGCGAGAAAAAGGGAAAAGAAGAGAUUGAAGAGAAAACAAAAGAAAAAGGGAGAUGAAAAAGAUGACAAAGAGAAUGAUGAGUCAGCAGGUUUAAAUAUCCCGACCAAUGGGAAAACACCAAAUGAUGACAUCACAAUGAUAGAACGUAUCGUCACGGGAACUGAAAAAAUAAAGCUUUCUGAUUCGUUGAUAUCAACAUCAAGUAACGAGAAAAUCACUUUAAUUUCAAACGCCUCACCAGCACCAUCUACUGCCCCACCUGCUAUAGACCCAAUCACCCGUGACCAAGUUCCUAAACCCAAAGUACCCAUGGCCCCCUUAGUUUCGGAGGGGAUUACCCGAAACGAUGAAAGACGAAAAUCGUUGGAAAUGAAACGAAGACCUAUAGCUCACCCGGUGGUGGAAAACAACCACACAGCGACGACUGACACGAGCCCUAGGUCGGCAACAGGAAGAAAACAAAGAAAAACACUAACAACAUCAACCACAACAAAACAACCAUCAAGAGAGAUGCAAUCCCCCAAACCCUCCCCACGCCCGGUGCCGAGCCAACGCAACCCCCCACCAACCCCCAGCCCUGGUAAACGGGGUUCGCGACGGGAGGAAGGCUGGAAGGAAGUUGUUCCAAGAAAAUAUGUCAACUCUAGCACCUCGAAACGAAUCAUGGUUUCUUCGAAUUUGAUCUCGCGUGUCAUUGGAAGAGGGGGUUGUAACAUUAACGCAAUACGGGAGGUGACUGGAGCACAUAUUGAUAUCGAUAAACAGAGGAAGGGAGCUCACGAGAGGACUGUUACCAUCAAGGGAGGCAUUGAACCAACACGCCACGCACACCAGUUGAUUGUUGCGUUGAUUAAAGAAGAUCGUUCCGACCAAGAAGUUGCCGCUAUUAUAGCCAAGGCACAAGCACAAGCCGCGCAGAAUGCCGCUGUCAAGGUUGCGCCACAGAAGCCGACUAUGACGGUUGUCGCGGCUCCGAUGCCAACCAAACCUGCGUGGACCGUGCCACCGUCAAUUAUCGCAAAUACACAACAAACACAGCCGAAACCCGCCGCCCCCUCGACCAAAAUCGGGGUUUGGGCCCCACCGCCUCCAACCACCACUGCCACUAGUAGCGCACAAGAGCUACAAACAAACAAAUGGGUUCCAACCACAAGUCCGGAACAAGCCACCAAGACUUCCCCCACGGUUGAAACAGCGAAGAAAGCUUUAUUCUUUGAGUCACAAACCCCAUUAUUAUCCACCAGUGUUGCACAAAUUAUCAGCAGUGUUUCCAGCUCAGUUUCAUUCGUAACCAAAUCAUCAGACAAAGUGAUCAGUAAGCCUAUACAACCCGUUGCCCCUAUGAUGUCAACUAAAGUUACCUCCGCUGCUGUCACCCGUGUUACCCCAUAUGGGGCUGUACCUGGACCCCACCACCCCAUCUCACCCUCACAAGUUACCCCCGUUCUCCCCUUAUCCGUCGAACCCACCAAAACCUCGAUAGUGGGUCACAUAUUACCCCGCCCCACUACAAGCCCCAUAUCGCACCCCAUUUCCUCGCAACAAAUUUUACCCCAACCCUCCCAUAACCCACCACCCCCUCACCCCGCCAGUUCAGCCCCAGGGGUAAACAAUCCCGGGGCAAACCACAUGCACAGUAUGCCUACUCACUACCAAGACAAUAAGCAAGGUACACAAGCUGGUUUCGCUUCAGUGAUCUCGGACGUAAACUCGACCCCCUCAUAUUCCCCGUUCAACAACUCUUUCACGCCAUCUGCUGGCCCGUCGGUGUUGUGGAAUCACCAUGGUAACGUGUCGUCUUAUCAAAACCAGUCAAGCAUGAAUGGACCCGUUCAAGUAGAACCUGUUGACCAAUCAAAAGCCCCGGGUUAUCGAGGCAGUAUGAAGUCACCCGUGGUGGAAAACGGGAUCCUUGGUACAGGUGGCAAUGUAGACACUGCUUCUCCACAAACCCCUGAACAAGGUUCUCCAUCAAAUGAUAAUGAAGUCACUCCCAAACCAAUGCCUAUCGGGACUGAGCGCGCACACCACCGUCGAGCCAAUCAACCGUUACCGAUGACAACCGUGGUCAGCCAAUCACCAGCAAACAUCUGGAAUUUUGCCGACUUAUCUUUAACGCCGUCCAAAAUAGGGGUGGAACAAAUUGACUCCGGGAAAUACCCGAACUGGUCACCUGUGAUACAACCUGGUACAAUAGAAGGAACAAUGACAACGUCUACCAACAAUAAACCACAGGUCACCGUGCUUGAAGUUGAACCAUCAAUGAAGCAAACCCCCAUCGAGCCCCAGCCCACCAAUAACCCCCAAGUUCCCGUACCCCUCUACUACUCCCAUGCGCCACCUGUCGGUUACCGUAGUAAUCGGUUACCCUCGACAAACAGGUUCAACACCGGGGGUUUGGGUACGCAGCCCCCUAUAGGAAGUCACUUAGGGGGUAGUGGUAGUGUGGGGGUUGUGGGGCCACAACAAAGUCAAUUACAGCCUAUAGGAUCCCACUUAGGAGGUUCAGGACACGUGAGAUCUAACGCAGCUUACCAACAAAUGCAUCACAACAUUCAAUCAAGUCAAGUUCAACAACAACAACAACAACAACAAAGAUAUCAAAUGCCGUUCUAUAUGCAAACAGGCAUCAACAGAUAUGGGCAAAGUAUGCAGGAGCUUAACUGGCAACAACAACAACAACAACAAUCUUUAUAUCAACAAUCAAGACAUAUCAACCCAUACGAGCAACACAAGGAGUUAGCUGCUAACAGUGGAAUGUACAACUCCAUUCCUUCUCAAUAUGGUGGGGGUUUACAGAACAAUGACCAUGGGGUUAUACCUGCUUACCCCAGCGGCCCUGAUGGGGGGUCGUACCCCAUACCCCACGAUGCGGGGUACAACAGGGGAGACCCCUACUUUGAGAAUGAGUAUGUAAUGAGGGGAAUCCCCCAUCCUAAUACCAACGAUAGUUGGAAUCAGUGCCGACCCCAACAACAGAGCUACCAGAUGAAUGGUUCUGAAUCGAGCAACGUGAUUGGAGGUCACCAAGCUAUGGAUGGUGAACAGACAUGGAAAGAGUGGUAGACAUGCUGAUACAUUGAUACUGCCCUAAUUUAUUUCCUUGUAUAUACUGGUGCUGCUACCACCUAAGUAACUAGGGGGUGUGUCGGGGGCGUUUCUCUCGGAUUUUCGUUUCGCAAUUUUCACUUUGACUGCCGACCUUUUGACCUUUUCGUUUCCUAACUAUCGUUGUGUAUAGUCGUCAUGGCCCCUCCCACUUCUGGGGUUGUUUCAUCCCCUUGUAUCCUCAUUUCACUUGAAUUCGGGUUUUGUUUCCGGGUAUUUCCCUUUUCGUGACGUCAUGGUGGUGACGUCAUCACCGACAUCUUUCAGUGUGCGUUCCCACGGUGUGAAUAAAUAAACUUGGUAGAUCAA